CUGCUGCUCCAAGGUGCUGGUCUCCUGCUGCCACCUCUCACUGUGUGUGGUUCUCUCUCCCAGCUCCACCUCUGCCAAAAUGAAACGUCUGCUUCCUUCACUUGUCAUCUGUCUCAUUGUAACAUCUGCAUGUGGGGAGAACAAGGGCCUGGGGGAACAGCCUGGAGAAGGCAGAGAGCGCUCCAAGACUGCCAAUCCACAGUGGGGGCAGCUAACCAAUAAAACCCUGGGCCUGCCCGUCCUCCCCGCAGACUUCCACAAGGAGAACACAGUCACCAACGUCUGGAUCCCGGAGGGAGAGGAGGAUGACGACUACCUGGACCUGGAUAAGAUACUCAGCGAGGAUGACGACUACAUCGACAUCAUUGACGCCGUCUCCCCCACCGAGUCGGGGGCGAGCGCCAGCAGCAUCGUCCAGCUCUUCCAAGGCAAGAGCCGGAUCCAGCGCCUGAACAUCCUCAAUGCCAAAUUCGCCUUCAGCCUUUACCGAGCCCUGAAGGAGCAAGCUGGCACCUCUGAGAACAUCUUCAUAGCGCCUGUUGGCAUUUCCACCGCAAUGAGCAUGAUCUCUUUGGGCCUGAAGGGGGAAACUCACGAACAAGUACACUCGAUUUUGCAUUUUAAGGACUUCGUCAACGCCAGCACCAAGUACGAGACGCUGACUGUCCACAAUCUCUUCCGCAAGCUCACUCACCGCCUCUUCAGGAGGAACUUUGGGUACACGCUACGGUCGGUCAAUGACCUUUACAUCCAGAAGCAAUUCCCCAUCCUGGAGGACUUCAAAACCAAAACGAAAGAGUAUUAUUUUGCAGAGGCCCAGCCGGCUGACUUCUCUGACCCUGCUUUCAUAGGGAAGACCAACCACCACAUUUUGAAGCUCACCAAGGGUCUCAUCAAAGACGCUCUGGAGAAUAUCGACCCAGCGACACAGAUGAUGAUUCUAAACUGCAUCUACUUUAAAGGCUCCUGGGUGAACAAGUUCCCGGUGGAAAUGACGCACAAUCACAACUUCCGGCUGAACGAGCGGGAAGUGGUCAAGGUGCCCAUGAUGCAGACCAAGGGAACCUUCCUGGCCGCGAGUGAUCAGGAGCUGGACUGCGAGGUCCUCCAGCUGGAAUAUGUGGGGGGCAUUGGCAUGCUCAUUGUGGUUCCCCACAAGCUGUCAGGUAUGAAGACCCUCGAAGCACAGCUGGCACCCCAGGUGGUGGAGCGGUGGCAGAAGAGCAUGACAAACAGAACAAGAGAGGUGCUUUUGCCAAAAUUCAAGCUGGAGAAGAAUUACAACCUGGUGGAGGCUCUGAAGUCAAUGGGGAUCACAGCGCUGUUCGACAAAAAUGGCAACAUGUCAGGAAUCUCCCAGGAUAAGAUCACCAUCGACCUGUUCAAGCACCAAGGCACCAUCAUGGUGAACGAAGAGGGCACCCAGGCAGCUGCCGUGACUACAGUGGGCUUCAUGCCACUGUCCACCCAGGUCCGUUUCACUGUUGACCGCCCCUUCCUGUUCCUGGUCUACGAGCACCGCACCAGCUGUCUGCUCUUCAUGGGGAGAGUCACCAACCCCCUCAAGUCCUAAAGGUGGAGCUCUGGGCAGCUGCAGCGUUUUACUGGCCAGGCACACUGUGGUUGUGUAUACAUUCUAACAUGACAACAGAGAUGUCUGGCAUUGUGAUGCUUGUGAUAUAUGCUACCAAUCUGAAAUCAAGGCCGACAGGAAGAAGAGAGGACUGAGAAGCUCAUGGGAACCAAUACUGCAUAGCGAACAGUCCCAUAAGCUGAUAGAAGUUAAUGGAACCAGGUGUUACCUGGAGGGUCUCAGCAAGAGAUCGAGCUCCCGCCUCUGCAGGGCAAACUUACAGAGUGCACCUCCUUCCCUGGCGGUUCCUGUUCCUCAGCCAGGGUUUCCUAUCUGUACACAGAACUGAGUUGUAGGACUCACUUCUCAGCUCUCCCAAGAAUAGCACACAAUCAGCAUCAUUCCUAAUACAUAGGAAAGGAGACCUGUGAUGUAUGCAGGAUGCCUGGGGCAUUAGGGCUUAAUCCUCUCGGGGCCCAGCCGUCCAAACCAAUGCUCAGUGUCAUCUGUGCCUCUUUCUGUCACGUAACUGCUGCCCAGAGGACAAUGUAUACACAUAGCCAUGUUUUUUUUCCCCUUAGCGAUAAAUAAAUAUAGCCACUUUUACCAUGUAUCUGUUACAAUUCUAUUUUUGAAGCUCAAGUAAUGAACAAAGUCCAAAUUGA